CAAAGUCUAAGCAAUAAGGCCAAAGGUAAAAAUGUGAUAUAGAUAGUAGAGGAGUGGUAGGAAGGAAUAUUGCCUUUCAGAGGGAUAUAUAAGAGCCAAGGUGUCGCCUCUGUCCUCCACUCUCAGCUGCCGAACCCUGUGCCAGAACACACUGCUUCUUCCUCUGAUUGAUCAGUAACACCUUUUAGGAGCACCAUGGAGCCCCUGAUGAGACGCCAGACUUCUCAAAUUCUUGGUGUCCAUUCGUCAUCCAUUCCCAGACCUCUGCAGGUAGACAGGGCCCACUAUGCCCACAGUGUCAGCGGAGGGGCAGGUGGCUAUGGGACCAGGAUCUCCACGGCUUUUGGCACACGGGUCGGCAACAGCUUCGGGGGUGGCUAUGACUACAAAUCCACGUCUUCUGGCUCCACUUCUGGAAGCCUGGCCAUCACCAACGAGAAGGUAACAAUGCAGCACUUGAACGACCGUCUGGCUAACUACCUGGAGACGGUGAGGAGUCUGGAGAAGGCCAACAGCGUCCUGGAGAUCAAGAUCAGAGAGACCAUUGAGAAGAGAGGACCCUUGGAGGGGAGAGACUACAGCAAGUACAAUGCCAUUAUCAUGGAGCUGAGGGCCAAGAUACAUGACAUGAUCAAGGGCAAUGCACAUCUUGCUAUCAGUCUUGACAACGCACGCCUGGCUUCAGAAGACUUCAGAGUCAAGAUGGAGUAUGAGAUGGCCAUGCGUCAGACGGUGGAGGCUGAUGUGGCCAGACUGAGGAAGCUUUUGGAUGACACUAAUGUUAUUCGCUUGCACCUGGAGAGCGACAUCGAGUCUCUGAAGGAAGAGCUGAUCAACCUGAGGAAGCACCAUGAGACGGAUGUUGCUGAGCUGCGUGCCCAGAUCACUCAGGUUGGCGUCCAUGUGGAUGUUGACGCUCCUAAAGGACAAGACUUGGCCAGGAUCAUGGAGGAGAUGAGGGCUAAAUAUGAGAAGAUAGCACUGAAGAACCAGGAGGAGCUCAAAGCAUGGCAUGAAUCUCAGAUCACAGAGGUGCAGGUCCAAGUGACUGAGAGCACAACAGCUCUGAAGGAAGCCACGACUCUGGUGUCUGAAACUAGGAGGAGGUAUCAGGCUAUGGACAUUGACCUUCAGUCUGCACUUAGUAUGAAAGCAGCCCUUGAGGCCACUCUGCGUGACAUCGAGGCGCGUUACAACAUGGAGGUAGAGAAGUACAACGUGAUCAUCCUGAGGCUGCAGGAGGAGCUCACUCAGAUCCGCACCGACAUCGGACAAAACACGAGAGAGUACGAGCACCUGCUCAACAUCAAGGUGAAACUGGAGGCCGAGAUCGCCGAGUACAGGAGGCUGCUGGACGGAGAGGGAGACUUUAAACUGGAGGAUGCAGUUGAUUCAAAGAUGGUCCAGACCAAAGUGGUGACAGUCACUCAGACUCUGGUGGACGGCAAAGUGGUGUCAGAGAGCAAAGACAUCAAAUCCAGUGAAAAGCUUGCUGCUAAUUAA